CUACUUCUAGCUUUUGGCCUUGCGGACUUUGCUCAUUCCCAAGUCACGGCGAUUUUGCAAUUCCGUAUUGUGAUUCUGUGAUUCUCAUUUUCAGGUCUUCACGUUUGGCCUUUCUAUCCACUGCUAGUCUUCUGUAGUUCUGUUGCCAUGUUUGUCUGUAGGGUUUUGUCCCGAGUCUCCAGGAAUGUUUGCCGGAGCUACAGGCUUCUCCCUGCAUCUCAGUCGCCGCAACAUCUUCCUUCCCAGGGUCUUUUAUCUACCGACAAUCUGAUUCCAGUUCCAGUCAACUUGUUGCAUCUGACAAUAAAUGCAUCCUCAACUCCAAGAGCUUUAUUUUUUUCAACCUCACCUAAACCCGAUGGAAAGGAACAUGGAGAUAUUGGCUCGUUCACAAGCGCUGACUCAACAAAAGCAAGUGAAGAAGAAAAGGCUAGUGUUGGGACUGAAAGUUCUGGGCAGGCUGAAGCUGCAGAACAGACCAGAUCUGGCUUAGGAAGCGAAAUGGAUUUCUCCAGGGACGGAAGAGAGUUUGUUGUGAAGAAUUUUGCAGAGGGUUUGCUAGAUGUGGCGGAUAAUUUGAGAAGGACAUCAUUUGUUGGAAAUGACAAGUUUUCAAGUAUUGAUGCUUCUAAAGGAUUAGAUGGAGCUGUUCAACUCCUGAAAACACUUCAUGGAUGUCUUGUAGAGGCUGAGAAGCAAAUUGCUGAGGUGAUUAAAAAAUGUGAUGAAUUUGAUCCUGAACGUGAGCCUUGUGGUCCAGAUAGAGAUGGUGCCAUACUUGAACUUCAAAAUUUUGCAAAAGUCUUGGUAGAUGUGGCAGAUGAUUUGGGAAGGGCUUCUUUGGUUGCAAAGGACAAGUUUUCAAAUAUUGAUGCAUUUAAGAAGUCCAAUGACGCUCUACCCAUCCUGAAAAAACUUCUAGAAGCUGUUGAAAUGACUGAGAAACAACUUGAUGAGGCAUUUGAACAAAUUGGUUUGGAGAAGUUUAACUCUAAGAAGGAGCCCUAUAAUCCAGAUAGGCAUAAUGCCAUCAUCCAAUUUCCAGUUAGUUCCCAGCCUCCAGGCACAAUUAUUGCGGUUCUGAAGGCCGGAUAUCUUCUUCAUGGUCAUAUGUAUCGCCGAGCUGAAGUCGCCACAACCAGGGAAGUGACUGAUCGGGAUAGGGCUGAAGAUGACCUAACCCCAGGAUUGAAUGAUGAGGAGUGUGAAUCUCAAGCACAAAGAACUGGAUGAGUGGGAUCUCAUUGUCUUAUUUUGAACAAAGACAAACUAUUUCCUAUGACUUCUUCUCCUGGGGCACUAGUUUUCUCUUGUUUAGGCACUACGCACCACUCUAAUGAGUAAAUAAAUACGUGAAUAUGUGAAGUAGUAAAAGUUUUUAGGGAAGUUCACUAGGAGUAUGGCGACAUAUUUUUAUUACGAAGAGUAAGCACUUUUUCUGGAACGGAUUUAUUUUAGAAUCUUACAAGUUUUAUUCCUAAAAGGUGUCCUCGCAGCUUGAGGAUUGCAUGCAUCGCUGUGUGCAAAAUUUUAUACUCAAAGAUGAGGCUUACAAACGUGUAAAUUAACUUUGAUUUUUGCUUU